AUUUUGUGGCAUAUUUUAGGUCAGUAGCAAUAUAAACAAAACAAAAUCUUCUAACCAACCACAAAGCAGUUUACUGCGACGUGUGUUGGGAGUUUCUACGCAUGUGCAGACAGGAAACAUUGUGUGUGGCGAAAAGAGAGGAUUAAAAUGGACGCACAAAAGGAUAUGCAACCACCUAAGCAACAACCUAUGAUCUACAUAUGUGGAGAAUGUCACACUGAAAAUGAAAUUAAGGCCCGCGAUCCAAUCCGAUGCAGGGAGUGUGGCUACAGGAUCAUGUACAAGAAGAGGACAAAGCGAUUGGUUGUUUUUGAUGCCCGAUAAUGGAAAUUAAGAGAGCUGUUAUUUCAGUUGUUAUUGUUUUCUAUAAUUGCAUUGUAAGGCUUUGUAAAUAAAUAUACUCACAAACUCCCCAGGUUUCAGAAAUGUGGUUAAAUUCAAUCUUUUUAUGUCAACAAACCCUAGCUGUUUUUUGUGAUAGGGUGUCCACUGAAAGUUUUUUUUUUAAUAAAUCAUUGACCUUG